AAGCGUCACGCGAAGGGUAAUCCGUCACGUGACAUGCCUUACGUGUGGCCUUCGUGUCCGUCUCGGCUAUUUACCUGGGAGGAUGUUCGCCAUCUGAGAAUAUGUCAACAUUUUCUGUCCGUGGAAAGCAUCGAAAGCCAACAGUCUACACUUGUCUGCACGCAUGCACCAAUAUGGCUCCUCCCCGGUGUGACGUCAUAGUCGAGGAGCGAUAGAAGGCGCGUGCAGUAGCGUUAGUGUUAGGGAGGAAAGCUAUGGCGGUGCGCUUGGCUCGGCAUCCGGGCGCAUAAGAGAAAAGAGAAGAUGAACGAAGAGAACAUCGUCGAGAACUGGCUCAAGUCUCUCCAUUUGGGUCGCUACGCGCAGAGUUUCAUCGACAACGGUUACGACGAUCUAGAAAUCUGCAAACAGAUAGGAGAGCCAGAUUUGGAUGCCAUCGGGGUGUCGGAUGCCACUCAUCGCCAGCAGAUCCUGCGAGCCGUCAGGGUGUUGUUGGAACAUGGAGGAACGGCCGUCUACUUCACUCUAGAGGAGAAUGCCAGACACGGCCUAGACCCGACCGACAGUAUUAAGGAAGCAUUGGUCAAAGAGAAAGAGGCCAUCAGGGCAGCGCAUUCCCCCGCAAAGAAGUAUGUAGACGAAUACGAAGAAGGAAAAGCGGAAUUCGUCAGAUUCCCCAAAAUGCAACUCAAGAUGAUCAUUAGAGAUAAACUGGUACGAGAUGGAAUCCGUCUCAGUACUCAACCUUACACCAAUCCGGAUGGAUCCAGAGGCCAUUUGGAAUCUCUAGCCGGGUUGUACGCGGAAGAACUUAGAACACAUUACAGAGAUGUCUUGGACCGAUUGGAGGAAUUAAGGAAGAGAAGAGUAGCCAUUGAUUUCCCACCCCUACCGCUGGACAGUGACAAUCUAGGUCUGAAAGCGCCUCAUAAUUUUAAGCCAGGAAAAUAUUCGCCGUCCAGUUGUCUAAGUGACCACGAAGAGGACAACAUUUACAGCUUGUACCAGUGCCCCUACGCAGCGACCUGUAGUCGUACCCAAAGGUGUUUGAGUCCAAGAUCCAGGUACUUCUACGAGCCGUGCCCUUUUCCGGCCGAAGGAGGCAAAGAUGAUUCUAGUGAACAUAUAAAGAAACGUGGUGGAUUAGGAAAAUUAUUUCGAAGUCUUGGAAGUAAAAAAGAUAAACCUUCUAAUAAACCAGGAAAACCUCAUUUACUUCAUUUAACUCAGAAACCACAUGCUAAAAUUCCUAGGUUGCCAACUGGAAAUGUUUUAUUAGGUGAUGAGGAAAGACUUCAAUUAAUGCUGUUGGUAAGAGAUGGCUUUUUAACAAUGGAACAAGCUGUUCAGAAGAUUCGUCAUAGAGAAGCUGAACGAUCAAAAGAGAAAACAUUACAACAACAAGGAAAAAGUGAGGUAAAAAAUGAAAAAUGUUAUUUUAAUAUUAUUUAUUUAAAUGAAUUUGAAACUUACAACAGCGCUUUUCAACCUUUUCACACCUGUGGACUGGCAAAAAUAGGAAUAAUACUUUGUGGACUGUCAGAAGGUUUAGUUAAUACUUUAUUUUCUGAAGGAGGCAAAGAUGAUUCUAGUGAACAUAUAAAGAAACGUGGUGGAUUAGGAAAAUUAUUUCGAAGUCUUGGAAGUAAAAAAGAUAAACCUUCUAAUAAACCAGGAAAACCUCAUUUACUUCAUUUAACUCAGAAACCACAUGCUAAAAUUCCUAGGUUGCCAACUGGAAAUGUUUUAUUAGGUGAUGAGGAAAGACUUCAAUUAAUGCUGUUGGUAAGAGAUGGCUUUUUAACAAUGGAACAAGCUGUUCAGAAGGUAAUCAGCGAAUUUGGCAAAAGAGUAUUUUGGUCACCACCCGGCAGCAAACGAAGGCAACCUCGCAGCACGGCUGUAUUCUAUCCAGAGAUGACGACUACGUGUGUUGGUAAUCACAUAUAUUACGAACCUCCGGACGAUUUAGAUUGGGAAGUGGAAGAUAUCGUCGAAUCGAAACCCACCGAAGUCAGAGCCGAUUUACGUCCUUAUACACCAGAAGAGUUCACUAGCGCCAUUCUUGCCCGGUCGUGUGCUGCGGGAGAAGGAGAGGGCGUGGCUGCAACUACUAUCACAAAUCAGACCAGUGGGGCCUUACCUACUACGGCCUGUUGCGGGCCCACUAUCAGAGAAGAGAGCAAACACGCCGAAUGCGACUACGCUUCUUCGCCAAUCAUGGGUCGCAGGUGUAAGGGAAAUAUCGUCGGAAGAUUAAAAAACAUAACGAAUAGAACAAGUUAUAGUACUAGUGAAGAAACACAUUCACAAUCAUCAGAUUAUGAAGAACAGGAAGAUAAUGAAAAUAAAUUAGAAUUACAAUCAAGAGAUGUACAGAAUCGUUCAUCCUCAUCAUGGGCCGGUCGGGUUAGGGAUUUACAUAGAGAUGUAAAAAGAAGAAUUUCCAGACUAAGGAGUACAAGGGGGUCAACACCAGAUAAUGAAGUGACUCAAGAAAAUACAGAAUCUCAUGAAGCAGUAAUUAGGCCUGGAAGUUCAGUUGAAAGUAUACCAAGUGGUUCAGGAUCUCAUUCAAGUCUUCAAGCUCCUACACCAACAAGUAGCAAUAGAAGUUCAACCUCUGCCGGAGAAGAUGAUAAUGCACCUUUUGUGGGUCCUCUUAUAGGAAAGGCACGUGCAUUAGUUGAUUAUACUCCUAGUCCAUAUGAUAAAGAUGCUUUAGCAUUUAAGAAAGGUGAUGUAAUUGAUAUUAUUGCAAAAAAUAAAACUGGGAUCUGGGUAGGAAUGGCUCAUGGAAAAGUUGGACAUUUUAAAUUCAUCAAUGUUGAAGAACUUCCCUGUGAGGGCAGGACACGUAGACGGCGUCGGCAUUCUUCUGAAAAGCCAUUAAUAACCAGUAAACCCGAUUCUCUUCAUGACUUACUGAAGCAGCUGGGUUUGCAAGAUUAUAUGAAUGUUUUUGUAUUGAAUGGAUAUGAAGAUCUAGAUACAUUAAAAGAAAUUGAAAAAGAAGAUUUGGAUAGUUUAGGAAUUCAUAAUCCUGAUCAUUCUCAUAAAUUGUUAAGAGCAAUUGAAUUGUUGCAAGAUUAUGACGGUGAGAUUUUGCAUAUAAAUUUGUUAAAAGUUUAUCAAUAAUCAAUUUUUUUUUUUUUGAAAAAAUCAAAAUGU